CCUUGAACUUCAAUCAAAAAGAAUAUCUUCCCCAUUGGAGAGAGUAUUCCCUCUACGCUUCUACCUUCAACUUCAACUCCAGGAAAACUACAGACCACCUUAUUCAACAAUCGCUGCUGUCGUCCCAAUUCUUCAACCCUAUCCAAUAAAACCUUUAACCUGUGCGUGAAUCAAACAGCUUGCAGGGAGAUCGAAGGAAGGACGAGAUGGCGUAUGUGGACCACGCGUUCUCGAUAACGGACGAGGACAUAAUGAUGGAGACGUCUUACGCGGUGAACAACAGGCCUCCCAUCAAGGAGAUCGCUCUCGCCGUCUCGCUCCUCGUCUUCGGUGCCGUCGGCAUCAUCGUCGGCCUCCUCAUGGCCGUCAACCACGUUGGCGGCGACCGUGCUCAUGGGAUCUUCUUUGCAAUACUGGGUUCGAUCUUGUUCAUUCCAGGCUUUUACUAUACACGAAUUGCAUACUAUGCUUAUAAGGGAUACAAAGGCUUUUCUUUCUCCAACAUACCUCCUGUAUAAUGCACGAUUUACCAAUAUUUCAAGCUGGCCUCCCACUCCUGUACAGAUCUUCCUGAGUUCUACUUUUAGUUGAUGAUGUGUAUUAGCUGCUAAUAGUUCUGAACAGUUUUGAGCUUUUUACUGCAAUAUGGUGGAAUUGUGUUUUUCCAUUGACCUAUUGGCGAUCUUGUGACCUAUGAAAUGUUAUGUAUAUGUUAUAUUUUGUACUUGUACCGGUUGUUGUCUCUUUAAUCUAGCACGUUUCUCUGCUUGCAUGCAGUUUCCUUUUAUUCGUU